AUGGAGCAGCUCCAAGGCAAUGUCAGCACCACGAACAGCUCCUUCCCCAAGCAGACGCUGUACGCAGGAGGCUUCCUACCUCUGGAUGCUGAUGACUGGACUUUAGUCAUUCCCAUCCUUCUGAUAGUAAUCUGUUUAUUGGGACUAGUAGGGAAUGUGUGUGUGAUCGCAGUUCUUCUUCACAAUGCCAGAAAAUCCAAACCCUCCUUGAUCCACUCUCUGAUCCUGAAUGUCAACCUCUCCGACCUGCUCCUGCUGAUGUUCUCGGUGCCCUUUAGAGCCGCGGCUUAUUCUAGGUCCAGCUUAAACUUGGGUUGGUUUGUGUGUAAGACGGCAGAUUGGUUUACACACACCUGUAUGUCUUCCAAAAGUCUCACCAUCGCUAUAGCAGCAAGAGCCUGCUUCAUGUACGCCAGCAAUCCUGCCAAACAGGUCAACAUAGGACAUGUCACCAUCUUUGCGGUGCUGAUGUGUAUCUGGCUGGUAGCUGCGGUGCUGCCCCUGCCCGAAUGGUUCUUCACCGAUGCCAGACAAAUCAAGAGCUCCUUCAUCUGUCUCAUGGACAUACCAGCACAGGCACAAGAGAUAAUGGCCAUCUUCGUGAAACUUUACCCAAUCUUUGUCUACUGUAUCCCAUUUACCCUUGCCUUCUUUAAUUUUUGGAGAGCCUAUAAGCAGUGCCAACACAGGGGGACUAAAACUCAAAAUCUUAGAAACCAGAUAAGAUCCAGAAGGCUCACCUUGAUGUUACUGAAUGUCACCAUCACCUUUUCCAUCCUAUGGCUUCCAGAAUGGGUUUCCUGGCUUUGGAUUUGGCACAAGCCAGCCAAUGGUCCAUCACCACCCCAAGCCUUUGUGACUUUGGCCCAGAUCCUCAUGUUCUCUACCUCUUGUGUAAAUCCUCUGAUCUUUUUGGUCAUGUCAGAAGACUUUAAGGAAGGCUUCAAGGAUGUUUGGAAACGUCUGACUUCCAAAAAAUCUUUAAAUGACCAUGAUGUUCAGGAUCAAGGGGCAUUGAAUUCUGAGGGCAUAGCAGACUCCACUCUUCCAGAUGCUGAAUCUUCUGAGCAACCUGCGACUAUUGGCCAAGUAGAACAGUCAAACUCUCAGCAAAAUUUUGGAAGCCAAGACAGCAAGGAAAACCCAGUCUUUCCAGAUGUGGAGCAGUUUUGGCAUGAACGAGAAUCAGAUCCAGCUGAACAAAGCAAUGACCCGAUCCCAUGGGAGCAUCAGGAACAAGGAACAGAGGUGCCCAAGUCCAGCACAAAACUUUAA